GCGAGCAGUGUCGGUCGUGUUUGCUCCGUACUGUCGUGAAUUUUCAUUACCUUGUCCUACGUAUAUCCUACUAAUUCGUGUUAAGUGUAAUAUACUUUAAAUAAAAUUUAAUAUUAAUUGAAAAAUAUAAAUUUUCAUUUUUAAUCAUUUAAUUUUUUUUUUUUAAGUGAAAAAAAGUUUCCAAGUUUUGUUUGAUUUACAUCGACGUUUUAUGAUUUUUUUUAGGGAAAUAAAGUUCGGAUGAUUAUUCACGUAUGUUAUUUGUGAGUUAGGUAAAAUAAAAAAACUACACCGCAGGGUGUGAGUUGAAUGUAGAGCAGAGAAUAAAAAAAUACAAAUAAUAAUAACAAAUAAAAAAAAAAAAAAUACAGAGAAGAACAGGAGAGUUCUAUUGAGAAAUGCAAGCAAUUCCCCACCGACUGGGAUUACUUCACAGCACGUGACCUGAGAUUUCUUGAUGAAAAAAAAUUCGAUUCCCAGCGAAUGGACACGGAAAAUCGCUUCCAACAAAUGCGACUAAAAAAAAAGUUGAUUGAAACGAGAAUCACUUUAAGAAAAAUAAAAAUGUAAACAAACUUUAUUACCGAAGUAACAACAAUUCGAAUGGAUUUUUGUAUCAACUAGUCGUGAACUUCAGUAACUAAAAACAACAAGGAUACAAAUAAAUAAAAUAACGAACCACUUAUCAAUAAUAAUGAUAAAAUACAAACAAAAAUAUGUGAUAAAUUUAUUUAUCACGUUAUGGCAUCAGAAAUUGAUGAAAAUCCAGUAAGCCAAGUGCUUAGACACAUUCUGAAAAAUCUAACGGGGUUCACUAUAGAUAUAACAGCGACAACAGCAACUACUACCGCAAUAACUGAUGGUAUAGCUUCAACGGGCAACCAAAACACGAGAAGAACUCGUAAUAUCAGUGACGUCGUAGUUUCAGUGGCAUUAGUAUCAUCAGCAGCUUCAGCAUCGUCACCAGCAUCUAGCAUAAGCAGCAGGAAUAUAAGGAAAAUCCGUAGCAGGAGCAUGGUUGCGGUGGCGAUUAGCGAUAGCGUGACAAUUCCAACUAAUCCGUCCAUGGCCUUAAACAGUACUGUGGUGGUUACGAGAACCACCACCAGCGCUAGCACCACUACCGCAGCUAAGCCCGACCAACACGUCUACAAUUCCACGAAUUACCUCUCCGACCAGGACGACCUAGAAUACAGUAUACUGGCAGCCUUUUCAGACAUGCAGACAGUAUUUCUAGCGUGUAUUUGCACGCUAUUACCGCUGAUUGUCGCACUGGCAAUAGCGUUCGGAUUAAGACAUGCAUGGCGUAAAUACAGACUUAGAAGAAAUGGAACAAGUGAUUUACCCUGGUAUAGAGGUGUUUGUUCACGUGACGAUACCGCAGAAUCGCUUCAUCAUAGACCGCAUCGAAAUAGCAUCAGCAUCCAGCCCGCAACAAGAAUUUUAUCAGCCCAAGAUUUGGUGAACGGUCUCAAUGGACCAAGGUAUAUCUGCGAGACGGAAGUAAUGGAGGAAGUAGCACUCGCAGCUGGUAAUGGGGAGUUCGCAUCCCCUGGGAAUCACACGAGCAAAAACGCCAACGGCAACAUCAUCACCCUUACACUAAAGAAUAACCACCUCAUCGUGGAGACGGAAGAGCGAGCUAUGACUAUGACGGACAAUUCGUUUGUCGUUGAAGUGCAACCUAAAUAUUUGAAGGACGAUGUAGAUAUUAUCAAUAAUGGAUCAAUUGAUGAUAUUACGGGAAGGGUAACUGAUCAACAGGCUCUUGUUCAUCGUGAAGAAAUUCCUGAAGAUCAUUCUCUAGAGUUUAGUACUACAAAGUUAUUUGGUAGUAUCAACACAGGAUUAUCUCAAUCGGAUCUCUCGAUAGCCAGUCGUGGUUCAGUAAACCACAGUUACCGCUAUGGGAAUCAAAUGGAGUACGAUGCUGCCCAGUUAGGAUAUAUGUAUGAAGACAGUAAUUACAAGAAUGACCUUCUGUCCCGAGACUUAGAAGGCGUUCCCAAGUGGGUGGAGUUCGAUAAAUCACCUGACACCGAGAAAACACUCCUAAAUGAUUGCGAAAACUCUAGCUUCAACAAAGACACCACUGAAUACAAAAAACUCAACAAUCUUGACAGUUCGUUAGACUCAAAUUCAUCUCUCGAGCAUCAAGAUUCAACAGACGCAAGUAAUUCAACAGAUACUGUCAGAUCAAAUCCAAAUUUACAAGUUAACGGUGCCACUCCAAAUAAACUUGAAAGUAUGGAACGUAAAAGUUUGAUCGGUGAUUACGAUAAACUCGAGCACAGCCACCAGACUUGUAAUAAAACCAAACCAAUAAUCACCGGCGCACUUUUCAAAGAUGAUAUACACGACGAUAUAAUAUUAUCAAUAAAUGAUAAUAAUAUGAAUAACAAAUUAGGUAACGGUACUCUAUUAUCACCCACAGAGUUAAAUAAAACUUUAAAAACAUUGUGUGGUGAAGAAAAACCUGAGGGCAGCGUUUUUGUACCCUGUCAUAAACGUACUAAUAGUAUUCCUCCGCGACUUAUUGAAGAUACCCUUGAUAUCGAUCGUAAAAAAGGUAUCGAUAUAUAUAGUCAAAUAAAAACUAGUAUAUUACCGGGUUUAACUCCGAAAUUUGAAUUAUUACAAAAUGAAGUUAGUCCAAUUGACGAAAAAGAAAGUUAAUCCUUGAAGGAUUUUUAUAAUAAUCAUAAUAAUAAUAAUAAGUAUAAUUAUAAAAAUAAUAAAUGUAAUGAUAAGAAUAAUAAUAACGCAUAAAAUAUCCAACGAACGAUAGCACAAAUAUUUAUGACACAGAGAAAUGUGUUGGAAUAAAUUGGAUAUUGAGUUAUCUUAUUUUAUGAUUAAUCGCGAUUUUCCGUUUUUCUUCUUGUUUUUAUUUUAUCGACUUGAAUGAAAAAAAAAUAAAAUAAAAUAAACUAAGAAGUUAAGAAAUUUAUUGUUUUAGAGAUAAGAAUUUUUUAAGAGCAUGACAAUUUGAUAAAUCAGGACAGAGUUAUCGAGGGCGGAGCCGCAUUAGUUGAGGUGUGUAUGUGUGCAAGUACAGUGUCACGAAUUCCCGCGGAUCGAUGAGGAAUUCAUUGAUAAUGGGAAUCUGGAAGACACAGUGGGGAAGAAAACGCUGAAAGCCUGUCGGUUUUUCCUAUCGCAACGACAAAUUGGCUAAAUCUGAGGAAAAAACCAUUUGAACUGUGUGAAAGAUACGACUAAAACCACGACUAGUACCAUCUGACGAUUCUUCUAUUACGUUUUUUUCUUUUUUUUUCUCUUUGAGGUGAAUUUUUUUCAGUCUCUCGUCUCUUGUCUGCAGCAAAAACGUGAGUUCAGGGAUUCAAGAGUUGGUGAAUAAAAUCCAGAGAGAAUGAACCGUACGAACCGACGUCGCGGGCGAGAACAAUCGAGACUAACGAACUUGUUGUAUGUUCUCGUCCUCGUCAUCGUUCUCAUAGACUCACUCGUAGACUCAUAGAAUCUCAUAACGUUACUCUAGUCGUGAGUAGUCGUGCCAUCGCGUUAAUUUUGUUCUCAUGGCGGUUGCGGGUGAAUAGAAGGGCUCGAGAACUAUAACGGGCACUAUGACGGGUAUGAAUGUAGAUUUACAGUCAUAUAGACGAUGAUACUUUACUAUUCAAGUACUUUAAAAUUCUUUAUAUAUAUACAUAUAUAUGUAUGACUACCGAAAGUUUCGUGCACGUAAUGAAAUAAUUAUAUUCGAUUUAGAAGUUUCCAAGUGAUUUGAACUUACUAAUUAUUCGUAUCAAAUUGAAAACGUAAAUUCGAUUAGAAUCAUUGGUAAAUUUACAAAUUAUUCGCAAGCUUCGAAUCACUCGUAAAUUUUAAAUUUAUUCAGCAUUUGUUUGAAAUAUGAAUAAAUUAUGUUAGUCUUAUUUCGAAAACUGUAUAAUUGAAUAAAUAGUGUAAAAAAAUUUAUAUAGUUCAUCAGAUGUGAGUACAGAAUUUAAUAUUCGGAACCUACACCGAGUAUUCAAAUUCAACGUUGAUGUCCGGGUCAAAAAUAAAACUUGGUCCAGACUUGGUUUACCGAGUCGAAAUUUGGAGCCAUUCUUCAAGGCGAAAAAGUCAAAACUACACGAAAAAACAAUAUAGUAGUGGCUACUCUCUGGGAUAGUACUGAGUACUUUCCGUAA